CUCGCUCACGGUCACGGAGGUGACAGUGAGAGCCUCAACUCAGCUGCCACCGCCUACCAUAGCGAGAGAUCAGCGCCGCCGCGCCGCGAACCGGUUCACCGGGGCUGACCCAAGCCUCGCCGGGGCACUCGUCUGUGGCGAGCGGGAGCUCGGGCUCUCUAGGAAGCCUUCUUCCCUGUCGUCCCUGCCACCGGUGAGCACAAUCGCUCUUGGAAUUUCCAGACUUCCGAUCGAGGAUUCCGCUCCCUUCCGAGCGCAUCUGGGUGCAGAUCUCGCUUCUCGCGGUGAGCAAUUCCCCUGCUUGCCGAGGAAAUGAGGAAGAAUUGGGGGCUCAGCUCCGGCUCCGCGCGGCAGUUCGGUGACCGCCGGUGGCUGCUCCCCUUCCUCGCGAGCCUGCUCGUCACGGCCACGCUCUUGCUCGCCGCCGCCUACGGGCUCUUCUCGCCGCCCUACCCCGGCGGCGGCGGCGGCGGCGGCGCGGCCCUGUUCGACGCCGUCUCCCUCGCCGACUGGGACGACGGCGCCCGCUCCGUCGAGGCCGGGAUCAGGGACCGCCUUCUGGGCGGCGACGCCGCCGCCGAUGACGAGAACCCCGACGACGCCGCCGUCAACUCGGACGACUCCGAUGCCGAGCCGCCGCGGAUCGCGUACCUCCUCGAGGGCACCAAGGGGGACGGCCUGCGGAUGCGCCGGACGCUGCAGGCCAUCUACCACCCGCGCAACCAGUACAUCCUGCACCUCGACCUGGAGGCGCCGCCGCGGGAGCGGAUCGACCUCGCCAUGUACGUCAAGGGCGACCCCAUGUUCAGCCAGGUCGGGAACGUCAGGGUCAUCGCCAAGGGCAACCUCGUCACCUACAAGGGGCCAACCAUGGUCGCCUGCACGCUGCACGCCGUGGCCAUCCUCCUCAAGGAGGGGCUCGACUGGGACUGGUUCAUCAAUCUCAGCGCCUCGGAUUACCCGCUCAUGACACAAGAUGAUAUACUCCACGUGUUCUCUUCUUUGCCAAGAAAUCUUAAUUUUAUAGAGCACUUUCAGUUAUCUGGGUGGAAAGUUAAUAUAAGGGCAAAACCAAUUGUUCUGGACCCAGGGCUUUAUCUAUUGAAAAAGUUUGACCUUACUAUGACUACUGAGCGGAGGGAAUUGCCAACAUCUUUCAAAUUAUAUACCGGUUCUGCUUGGAUAAUGCUUACAAAAUCCUUCCUCGAGUACUGUAUAUGGGGUUGGGAUAAUCUCCCACGAAACCUCCUGAUGUACUAUGUCAACUUCAUCUCCUCGCCAGAAGGCUAUUUCCAUACUGUCAUCUGCAACUCUAAUGAUUUUCGGGGCACUGCAGUUAGCCAUGAUCUGCACUACAUCGCUUGGGACUACCCUCCAAAGCAGCACCCACUGAUCCUCUCGAUGAAGGACUUCAACAAGAUGGUGAAGAGUGGUGCGCCAUUUGCACGGAAAUUUCCCAAGGACGACAAGGUCCUGGACAAGAUCGACCGUGAACUUUUGCACCGCUCGGAGGGUCGGUUCACCCCAGGAGCGUGGUGUGAUGGGAGCUCAGAAGGAGGGGCUGAUCCAUGCUUGUCUAGGGGUGAGGACUCUGUUUUUGAGCCUGGCCCUGGUGCCGAGAGGUUGCGAGGCCUGAUGAAAAAGGUUCUUUCAUGGGAUUACCGCAAUGGAAGCUGCUCGUCCCUCGCUUAUGAUCAGACGAAAAGAGAUUGGUAUGUUCCGAAAAGUAAAGGAUAAUUUUGGUGCCCUGCCAUGCUUUCUUGUAAAUGCAGCACUUGACCUCUUCCACUGAAAUGAACACCAAGGAACACAACUUGUUGACCAAGAAAAAUUGUUGAUAUAGUACUACUGCUCACUGCUCAUAUAUGUGACCGUAAGAGGGAAUUGGUUAUCUGAUAGAAAUCAAAGAUGAUGGAAAUUGCCAGAUCUACCAGAUGUUCAAUAUCGCUUGUGUGCAAGCUAGAAAAGAACAUUUCUCUUCUGCCCUAUUGUGGUCAAGGUCUCACUUUCCACCUGUUUUUUUGUGCUUGAUCACAAUCAAAUUGGAAGACCCCGAUUGGGACUGGACCUGAAGUAUGCAAAAAAAAAAGUCUGCCAAGAAUUCGUCUCUGUAGACUGAAUCACAUGCUGCAUUCAGAGUAAUCUAUUUUUCCUACUGGAGAUAAUUCCGCCUGUCUGGUCGGUAGCAUGGUCCAUAGCACUGUAUUCCGUAGGUGUAGAGAACCAGGAGUGUUCAAUAGACGAAGAGAUCCGCUUUGCCAAUAUGCCUGUCUGUCUGUCUGAAACCUGAAAUGUUCAGAAUGAAUGAAGGACAAACUGUCUGCCUGAAACACAAACUCUGGCAAGCUUGGCUGAUUGGACUCUGCCUGUAAGUCUGAAACACAAACUCUGGCAAGCUUGGCUGAUUGGACUCUGACUUGUGCGCAAAGAAUUCUUGCAAAAUUGUGGUUUUCCCACGGUGUCACACCAAAAUCUGUUUGGAAUUGCCUAGGGCUAAAACCAAUGUAUGGGCAAUACUACUUUUGAUCCACUUUGUUCGUCGUGUAGAUUAGUACAACGAACGAGACACAGACAGUCUCUAGGUGCUAACAAUCUUGGAAGUGUUGUUUGUACCAAUAUUUUCUUUUCAAACAUUACUAGUCUGUACCAAUAUUUUCUUUCACAAAUCUGUACGGAUGGUUUUAAUCGUUCGUUCUAAAAUUAAGAAUGGCACUUAUAUA